GGUGCAGGUCUCGGCGCUUCAGUCGAUCUCCCACUUCUUGGACCAAUCGGUGCUUCCUUAGGCGGCAAUCUUGGUGGUAAUAAUGGUGCUUCUGCUGGUGGUAACGGUGGUGCUUCUUCUGGUGCAAACGGUUGGUUGGGUGGUGAUCUCGGCGCUUCAGUCGAUCUCCCACUUCUUGGACCAAUCGGUGCCUCUCUUGGCGGCAAUCUUGGUGGUAAUAAUGGUGCUUCUGCUGGUGGUAACGGUGGUGCUUCUUCUGGUGCAAACGGUUGGUUGGGUGGUGAUCUCGGCGCUUCAGUCGAUCUCCCACUUCUUGGACCAAUCGGUGCCUCUCUUGGCGGCAAUCUUGGUGGUAAUGGUGGUGCUUCUACUGGUGGGAAGCGGUUGGUUUAACGGUCACGGUGGUGCUUCUGCUGGUGGUAAUAGCGGUGCAUCCGCUGGUGUUGAUGCUGGUAUCGAUGCUGGUGGUGAUGGCGAAGUCUCAACUGGCGGAAGCGGUUGGUUUAACGGUCACGGUGGUGCCUCUGCUGGUGGUAAUAGCGGUGCAUCUGCUGGUGUUAAUGCUGGUGCAUCUGCUGGUGGUGAUGGCGAAGCCUCAACUGGUGGAAGCGGUUGGUUUAACGGUCAUGGUAGUUCUUCUGCUGGUGGUAAUGGCGGUGCAUCCGCUGGCAUCGAUGCUGGAAUUGAUGCUGGUGCAUCUGCUGGUGGUGAUGGCGAACCUUCAACUGGCGGAAGCGGUUGGUUUAAUGGUCACGGUGGUGCUUCUGCUGGUGGUAACGGUGGUGCUUCUGCUGGUGUUGAUUCUGGUGCAUCUGCUAGUGGUGAUGGCGAAGCUUCAACUGGUGGAAGCGGUUGGUUUAGUGGCCAUGGUGGUGCUUCUGCUGGUGGUGAUGGCGGUGCUUCUGCUGGAGGAAACGGUGGACUUGGUGCUGGUCUUGGCGCCUCUGUCGAUCUUCCACUUCUUGGACCAGUUGGUGCUUCCAUCGGAGGCAAUCUUGGUGGUAAUGGUGGUGCUUCUGCUGGUGGUAACGGCGGUGCUUCCACUGGUGGGAAUGGUUGGUUAGGUGGUGGUCUUGGCGCUUCAGUCGAUCUCCCAAUCGUCGGACCAGUCGGUGCUUCUCUUGGCGGUAAUCUUGGUGGUAAUGGUGGUGCUUCUGCUGGAGGAAACAGUGGACUUGGUGCUGGUCUUGGCGCCUCUGUCGAUCUCCCACUUCUUGGACCAGUUGGUGCUUCCAUCGGAGGCAAUCUUGGUGGUAAUGGUGGUGCUUCUGCUGGUGGUCACGGUGGUGCUUCUGCUGGUGGUCACGGCGGUGCUUCCACUGGUGGGAAUGGUUGGUUAGGUGGUGGUCUUGGCGCUUCAGUCGAUCUCCCAAUCGUCGGACCAGUCGGUGCUUCUCUUGGCGGUAAUCUUGGUGGUAAUGGUGGUGCUUCUGCUGGAGGAAACAGUGGACUUGGCGCUGGUCUUGGUGCUUCUGUCGAUCUUCCACUGCUUGGACCAGUUGGUGCUUCUAUCGGCGGCAAUAUCGGUGGUAACGGUGGUGCUUCUGCUGGUGGUCACGGCGGUGCUUCUGCUGGAGAAAACGGUGGACUUGGUGCUGGUCUUGGCGCCUCUGUCGAUCUUCCACUGCUUGGACCAGUUGGUGCUUCUAUCGGCGGCAAUAUCGGUGGUAACGGUGGUGCUUCUGCUGGUGCUUCUACUGGAGUUUCUGCUGGUGCUUCUGCUGGUGGAAACGGUAAAGAGUCAGGACACUGGUCAUGGAACAACAAAAGAUUGCAAGCCGCACUUAUGGAUCAAAUAAUGGAAAACCAUUUUGAAGAUCUUCUUCAGUAAAUCUUUCAUCUAACCAAACAGUAACGACAGGACAAUGACAACAGACGGUAAACGAUUCUUGACGAACUGAUGCAGAUUAUUUUGCGGAUGUUAUGUCUCUGUUUUACUUUUGAUGUAGUAAUGUGUCUAGAUCGGAAUACAAGUUUAUGCAUACCA